UACACUCUAGGUUACCUGGAGGUUACCUGGAGGUUAUUCCGGGGAUCAACGCCCCCGCGGCCCGGUCCAUGACCAGGCCUCCCGAUGGAUCAGGGCCUGAUCAACUAGGCUGUUACUGCUGGCCGCAUGCAGUCCAACGUACGAGCCACAGCCCGGCUGAUCCGGCACUGACUUUAGGUAUCUGUCCGUUAGAAAAAAAUAUCCAUCUGCCCACUUUUCUAGUUAAUCCUUUUUAUAUGCAUUCUGUGUGUUGUUACAUCAUGAUCACACAUGCUAAAGGCUUUUGCAAAAUCUGAGUACAUCACAUCAGCAUUUUUACUUCUCUCUCAGUGUAUCCAAGGCCAUGUAGUACAGCAAGUCCCUGACGUUGGUUGAUUAUAACGCGCUGGUGCUAUUCUUCACACAGGCUGCUUGUUUAAGUACUCGAAAUCUCUCUGCAUAAAUGGAGGAGAUCUCAAUGGCAGUACCAGUUCCUAGUAACCAGUUACCAGUAACCAGUGUACCAGUAGAUGACUCACUACCAACCGUCUGUGUGAAUCACUGUUAUUCAUAUUGCUGCUGACCAUAGCAGGAUUUCAAACACCCCUCACCCUGUAGGCACUUGUGGGUCAGUCGAAGAUAGGGAGCAGAGAGAGGCAGGUCGGCUGUUGGUGCUUUCCCAUACUUUCCGUUAUAUUAUACGUACUACCAGCCUACGUGAGUAUUCUUACCCCAUCCACGUUAUCGAAAACCCACAUGACAAAUUGGUGACAGCGGUGUGGGCGUGGAUUUAAGGGUAUAUCAGACGUUAGAAGACUGUUUGUGGGUUGCCGGCAGGUCAGAGGUGAACUGUGCCACCUCCAGCUAGCCGCUUACCCUCACUCUCACCACCCUGUGUACUCCAGCCUGCAAGCUGCAAGCCUGUUGCAGCCGCUUUUCAAGCUUCCUGGCUUAGUGUGCUAAUUGCUUCAAUCUCCGAGGGCUUGACCCGGAUUUUGCAAUUAAGCCAGUCAAUAAGCCCAGACUGUGGAAGUGAACGCUAGUCAGCCUGCCUCAGCCUACCAUCCAGCCUGUCUCCUGUCAUCCACCUGCUCCUUCAUGCUGUGUGCAUCGUUACACGUCUUCCAGUCAGCCAUUCUCAUGGGUUAAGCCAGUCAGCCAACCCAGCUUCUAACCCAGCUGAGAGAGAGAAAUCUGAGUAAGGAAGAGUGUGGAAGGAGGGAAGGUCUUGUGGAAGACAUGUGUGGAAGGUAGAUCAGAUGGCGCUGAGAGCUAACUCUCCGAAGCGUCGUCCACAUCACCAUGGCUAGCUCAUCAUGUGGGCUCCACCCAGGCAUGAUGACUACUCACCCGUGUGGUUGCCACUAACUUAGCCAGUCUCCCACAUGGCCACUAUUCUUCCCCGUGUCUACAAAACUCCUCCGUGGCCACCUGUCUCCCACGUGGCCACCUCUCCCCAAAGUGGCCGUGACUCUCCCAUACGGUCAACAUUCUCCCACAUGGCCAUUCAUUUUCCAUGUAUAACUUGCGGUAAUCGAACUCCAAGAUAAAAUGAUAUUCCUGUGUGGACCUAUAAAAAGAAAUGUCGAGCAAUUGUUAAUGUCAGGGCAAUAGUAAAUACUGUGAAAUGAAAAUAACUAUAGAAUCUAACAUGAUUGAAACAUUUUAUAUAGUGAUAAAAGCUAUCAAAGAUUUAGAAAAUAGAUAAGCAGUAUUGAUUCCAGUGAAAUAAAUUCAAGGAGUCACUGGAACUCCCAGAAGCAUUUCCGGAAAGCCAAAAUUAUGGAAAAUACAAAGUGAAUGAUUGUUAUUGAGCAUAACUGAGAUCAUGGUGACACCAUCUGGGAUGACGCUUACUUGGCACUCUUCUACACUGCCAAGUAACUUUUGACUAAUUGCAGGGCAUCUGUUUGGAGGUGCUUUGCUCUCCAGGUCUCCCUGAUAUCCAGACUUCGCUAAGGGACAUCAGUCCCCAGGUCUUCGUUAGGAACAGGCAGGCCUCCCUGAAGGACAUCCAUUGGAGGUCUCCAGGUCUUCCAGAGGGGCAUCCGUCUGGAGGUUUCCACCUCUCCAGGUCUCCCUGAGGAAAUCUAGAUACACCUCACCAUGGAUAUGCUCCUCUGGGUUAUGUUUUACACGCUUAUUAGCACGCAGGGGUCAAGAUCAGCGGUGUCACUCUCAGAGCCCAGUGGGAAGGUAUACACCAGAGUGGCAGCCUCAGGUUCCUCAAGCCUCACAAACAUCUCUACCACCAGCACAUUGAUUCAACCCCCGCCCGUCUACCCCAGUCUCCAUACUCAGAAGCUGGAUGCCAGCGGGUCCUCGGGGGUGUUCACCCCUCCUGCGAGGUUCAACAACCAGGUGCUGCCGAGCUUCGCCAACACCACCCUCACUAACGUCACUGUCAUUAGAGGCAAAGUGGCCUACCUGCACUGCCACGUUCUCAAUAUAGGCACCAAAACAGUCUCGUGGGUUCGUCACGAGGACAUCCAUGUGCUGACAGUGGGUCGUCUCACCUUCACCAAUGACGGCAGGUUCGAGGCCAUGAACAAACCGGGCUCGGACGUCUGGUCUCUCAGGAUCAAGUAUCCGCAGCUUCGAGAUUCCGGGAAGUACGAGUGUCAGGUGUCCACUCGGCCGUCCAGAGCUCGAGUCAUCACUCUUAAUGUGGUUGAACCGAGGGCUGUGAUUCCACCAGGACCUGAACUCUACGUGGAUCACGGAUCACCUCUCAACAUAACUUGUGUUGUGCCUGACAGCCCCGAGCCGCCCGAGCAUGUUUUCUGGUACCACCGGGACAAGAUGGUUUCCUUCGACGGGUCACGGAGAGGAGUCACCAUCACCACAGACAAGGGGCCAGUCACCACUAGCAACCUGGUCAUCCCAGACGUGACCACUCAAGACUCAGGAGUGUACAUCUGUGCACCUCAGGGAAUGAAGGAAGCAUCAGUUAGAGUUAGUGUUUUGAACGGAGAACUACCGCAGGCUAUGCAGACUGGAUCAACGAGUCGUGGCUGUGUUCACUCCUUCCUGCUGCUGCUGCUGACAGUACUCUACCACCUGCUGCUGUGAUGCCCUACUGUUCCUGCUUCUUUUUGUUGAUUCCUGCUGACUCUGUUAACCAUCACACGUUGUGUUCGCCGGAGGGUUCCUCUCCUACGAACUACUGUGAUGGUGUGCUGGCACACGAAGCACGAUGUCACAAGAUAUCACCAGGAAGCUGACUACCAACAUUCAGCUGUGCAAAACAUUAGUGAUUUGAUCUUUUUUUGGGGGGAGGGAGGGGAAAGAAUUGAGCCCCAGUUCUGCCCCGAAGAAAGCCGCGAGUGUGAGAACAGAACCAGCAGGAGACGAACAUCGUUAUAGACUCAUACAUAACAACCAUUUUGUCCCUUUUCAAGUUUUCUCUUUAGUGAUGGAUUAUAAUGUUUUAUUCAAGAGAUAUUUGAAUUCUGUCCUUUAAGUUUCUCGCGUAUGGUAGAGUGAUGGUAAUCAACUUUUUUACACUAGUGGCGUGAGAGCCCAACGUCGAGAUAAUGAGUCCUCUUCAUAGUUCAACGGUAGUUCGUUCCGAGCAUCGAACAACACAUCAGGGACAUAUAUCUCUGACUUCUAAAGAGUGGAGAUACAGAAAGUUAGCUACCAGGCAGAUACGCCAAAGCGAUAGGCAUAGUUACAGAGCUGACUGCAUUCAGAGAAACCAUGAGAAGUUAGGUUUUCCUUACGGAAGAAUGAUAGGUUGGGGCUACACUAGAGACGCCACACUUCAGAUAUCGUAAUAAGUUGGUGUUCGCGUAUCACGUGCUACGUUACGAGCUGGUAAGCGUAGCUUUAUAUUGAAGUUAAUGGCCUUAGGCAACCCAGUUUCAUAAACACUAGAGCGCAUGUGUUCCUAGCUCUGAACAUAGACUUCAGUGGUUUCCGUUAUCGUGCAACAGCCUCUGCACAGUACAUUAUUAAAGGUUUAGUUUUCCGACUUUUACAAUUCACUCUUUGCUUGAUAUCUGCUGCAGACAAGCAAACGUCUCCCUCCACCUAAAUUCCGUUUGGUUAGACUAAAUUAGAAUAAACUAACAAAUUAAUCAGCAAAAUUAAAAAUAUCAUGAGCGAAGAAGAAACAAUCUGCGAGUAUCACAAGCCUGCUAAAUUUGAACGAUACAAUAUAAUAUCCAUACCGUUAAAAAACAAACGAUCAGUAUAAGGACGAGCUAACUUGUGAUGUACAGAAUUUAGUUUCCAGGUACUACAUGACUUUAAAAGCAAUUUCAUUGCAAAAUAUGUAUGCAAUUGAUGUACCAUUUCUUCUGGCUACCAAACAUACCCUUUAAAUGACUCAAAAUAUGAUAGGCGUACAUUCUACAUCAGUAACAAAAAGAACAAUGUAUAUUAAAAAAUAAUCAUAUAUUUAGCAUCAGAGCAAUGAUCAGACUUUCAUAGCCAGGCCAUCAAUAUCUUCCAGCGCAUUCAGCGAGAGAAUAUGAGUUUUUUUCCACAGCAAGAUGAGUUCUUUACGCUCACUCACUCUCAGAACUUCAUACAUUCCACCAGCAUGAUGACCUACACUAAAGCCGCUAUUGAUCAGCAGUAACGACCAAUCACAGUCGCUUUUGGAAUACACUUUACUCGACGCUGGUGUACCAAGGCUCAGUCUACCUGUCAAAUCUCACAUACUGACAGUCACAAACACUAGUGGAUCAAGCGUCACUCUACCUGCUAGGAUCAACGUACUGGUAGUGUCAACUAUGAUUUAUUUUUGUUCACCAGUUGCCCUCCUUUCUAUGA